UUGAGUAUCUCUCACACAGCCAACAACAAAGGAAAGAGUCAAUUCAUCGUAGACACCUCCUACCAUCUUUGUGGGAGCCAAAAUCCUAGCCAUGGCCAGUUCUAGCCGUGUCCUGUCCAUCAUUUUGGUCCUGCAUUUCGUUCUAUCCAUGGCCACUCCAUCCCUGUCUUGCGUUAUUCCUUGUGAGUCUGAGAUAAACUUGCGCUUGUACUUGCACCAAAUCGCCGCUGGAUCCGGCACAAACCAGGUUGCAAUUGUUGCCUCCAGCCAACCAGCCAGGUUUGGUACGACCGCUGUUAACGACUGGACUGUCAUUGAUGGACCAAACCCUGGUACUGCCACCAUUGUUGCCCGUACCAAAGGCAUGCAUGUGCAGGCUGAUGUAGGCGGUCCAGGCUGGUUCAACUACUUCAGCAUGGUGUUCGAGGACGCCAGGCGCCGUGGAUCAUCAUUUGAAGUAAUGGGGAUGAACAGAGCUCAAGAAGGCGAGAUGGCCAUUAUUGGUGGGACUGGAGAGUUUGCUAUGGCACGUGGGACCAUCAAGUAUAGAGCACUCGCCAACCCCCCUCCGGGUCAAAGUAUUAAAGAGCUCAAUAUUCAUGCAUUCUACGUCAAACCAGCUGGUACUAUAGCUGGCCCUACCAUCCAGUAA